GUUUACAAAGUUCUGAAAAUUCACAUAGCAUUUAUUGGCUUAGAAAUUUGGUCCGAUGCAGACAAGAUUGAGAUCAACGAAGCAGCAGGUGUCACUUUGGACCGCUUUGCGAAGUGGAGAGAGUCUGUUUUGAAGAUGCGCAAAAAUAAUGAUAUUGCUGAGUUACUCACGGGUAUUGACUUCACCGGACCAACUGUAGGAUUGGCUUUCAUCAGUACUAUGUGCAGUCCUUCGUUUUCUACAGCAAUUAUUCAGGAUCACGGAAGCAAUCCACUUGUUACUGCUUCAACAAUGGCCCAUGAGAUGGGUCAUAUUUUUGGCAUGGAGCAUGACUCAGAUAAGUGUACUUGCAAGAGUGGCAGAUGCAUUAUGGGUGCCCAGCAAAGCUAUACCCCUCCCCAGGAGUUCAGUUCUUGCAGUUUACAGGAGUUUCAGAAUUUUAUCUUGAAGAAAAGCCCACAAUGCCUCCUCAACAAACCCACCGGGAAAGAUAUAAUUUCACCUGCAAUUUGUGGGAAUGACUUCGUGGAGGAGGGAGAGGAAUGUGACUGUGGUUCUCCAGAGGAAUGUAAAAAUGAUUGCUGCGACGCUGCAACUUGUAAACUGAAACCUGGAGCAAAGUGUGCAGAUGGAGAAUGUUGUGAGAAAUGCCAGUUUAAGGAAGGAGGAACAGUAUGCCGAACAAAAAAGCAUGACUGUGAUUUGCCUGAACUGUGCACUGGCCAGUCUGCCCAGUGUCCCUUGGAUCGCUUCAGUGUGAAUGGAGGCCCAUGCCAAAACAACCAAGGUUACUGCUACAUGGGGAAGUGUCCCACCUUGGCAAACCAAUGUAUUGCUCUCUGGGGGCCAAAUGGAAAAGUUGGUCCAGAUUCAUGUUUUGCGGUCAACAGGAAAGGGGUUUAUUACGGCCACUGCAGAAAAGUAAAUGAUAACUACAUUCCAUGUAAACCAAAGGCUCUAAAAUGUGGCAAGCUAUAUUGCACAGGUGGUACCCAUAUGCCCGCAGAUGGAAACCUGGUGGCUUUUCCCAUAUGCAAAGGCAGUUUUGCAAUAGGAAAUGAAAUAGAGGUUGGACAGGUUCAUCCUGGAACAAAAUGUGGAGAAGGAAUGGUCUGCAAAGACGGGGAGUGUGUUCAGAUAGAAACAGCCUACAGAUCUACUAACUGUUCACAGAAAUGCCCAGGACACUCUGUAUGUGACCAUGAACUGCAGUGCCAGUGCCAAGAAGGAACAACACCGCCUUACUGUGACCCUACAGGAAAUAAAAAUAUUAUCAUCAUCAUUGUUGUAACUGUGGUAUUAGUCUCAGUAGCCAUGGCCAUCCUCUUUGCAGUUCUCUUCCGCUGCUACAUUUUAAAGAAGAAACAAGGAGACAGCAGCAUUCACAAAAGUGCACCUGCAGCCACAAAUCCUUCUUUGUCUGGUCCAGAUCACAAGUGGAAACAGCAUCUUGGUCCAGUGUCCAAGGAUCCAGGGAUAAAUUCUUCCAGAUUUCUCCUCCCAAUUCCAUCCCAAUCAAAUACACCAGAAGUCCAUGUUAAAAUCCCAGAUGAACCAUUAAGACACAAAUAUGAAAAUGCCAGAAUGCCCAUUGUGAAACCAAAUAUCCCUCCACCUCCUGUUCCAAACAUAUAUCCAGCUAUGACAAAAAGAAUAAAUCCAGCUCCUUCUUCUCACCUUCAGUCUGAACCAGCUCCUCCUCCCCCUCCACCCCAGGCGCUGAAACCCACUAAAUAAUCUGAGGGUAUGAAACAAAACAAAAAUCAGAAACAAUGAAAAUUCUCUGAUUUCAAAGAAAACCUUUUCCAUUUUCUCAGUUUCCAUAUCUGCAAAGGACAACUGAAUGGUGAUUUCCUUCCACAAGUCUAAUGCUUCCUCUGCAGUGGGGAAAUUCUUUUUAACUGUAGUAAGAAUGGGAACUGAUAGGAAUAUCUUCAGAGUUCUUCCAUUAUAUCCUUGGAUAUCAAAUAGGGAGAUCCUAGUACAGUUGGGAUGAUUUUGUGAAUUGUGAACUGAGCCAAAAGAUGCAUAGAAGAAAAAAAAAUGCCUCCAUAGGAGAUUUAAACACCCAUCACUGCCAACUGUGGACCAAAUCAAAACUAAGGAAAUAUUUUUUUGAUGCUUGAAGCAAGUGGAAACAGAAACUGUCCUGCCUACUGAAUUUAUCACUUUAUUCUCUUGGAUUACAAAAUGACUGAGUCUUGCAUGAUGCCACCAGAUUCUUUGACAUAAGCAAAGGCUGAUCUCUUUGAACCUUCUCUCUACCUGUGCAAACAAAGAAGCAGAGAUGAGACUCAAGAACUCCAGUGCCUAUGGUUUAUUGCUCAAGGAUUUUUCAAUGUAUUCUGCCAACUUUUUCCACCAGAUUCUGCUCCUAUUUCCUAAGGCUACAUGUAAUCUUUAGCUUAAUUUAAAAAGCCAUGGAUACCCCUGAGUAUAACUCUAAAGGAGUUGCUGUAAUCUGCAAUAGGCUUUCAUGCUGUCAAAAGCUUCUUCUACUGAUUUUUGCAGAUCAACCUUCUCAUAAAGGGAGUCAUGAACCAUCUUUAGGAAAAGAACCAAGCAAGGACCCAAUCAUUAAACAUUGAGCCACAUAUGUUCUUGAGUAUUUAAAAAGAAAGUGACAGAGAUAGAGACAGACAUAGACAUGAAGAUCUGAUAAAUCUAAAUGGUAGGAGGAAUUCAUUAUUAGCAUUUGAAUAGGCUGAGAUCUCCUUGGAGGUCAUUUUAAGUACUUUCUUUUUGUUACAUUACAAUUAAAAGAAACUUAAGUGUUUAGAUCUUUCAAGGAUAACAUUUUCAUUAAGCAGCCAAGUAGUUCAUGGGUUAAAAUGAUGGGAAAGGUUAGGAGGCAGGAUUGCAUAAAGCAAUACAAUGUUCUUUUUUAAAAAUGUGCUACUGUUUUAAAAAGUCAGUUGUGAGACUUAGGCAAAUAUCGGGAUAGAUGCAAUAGGAGCCAAAAAUGAAGUGUGAUUUGAAAAAAAGGAACAGAAUCAAAAGUAUAUACGGUAAUUUUGUUGAAUUUUGGGGGGUAUUUUUUAGUUGUGUUUUAAGUAAGGCCACUUCUGAAAUCCUCCACAUCUAAUUUUUUUGCUGAGUUUGUAAGCUUUUGAAUGACUGAUCCUGUCUGUGAUUUUCCAUUGUAUUUUUGUGUGGAAGAGGAAGUGACACUGUUUGCUCAGUUUUCGCUCCAUUCAUAUUUUUCCCACCCCCCUUCAUUUUGCACAUGAAAAAGAACACUGCAAAAAGAAAGCGAACUUGAUACAUUUCUCCACAUCCAUCCACAUGAUUUUAUAUCUUGUUCUGCCUAUUGCAAGAAACACCCAAAAUUGGAAGGAAUUAUGAUGCACCUUCUUGGAGUACCACAAAGCUACUAUUUUGCAGUGCUUUUUACUGUUCAUUUUGCUCAACAGGGGGUGCAAAGGAAUCAAAGAAACUGAGGCAACCUGUACAUGUUUAGGAAAUGUCAGUUGAAUUGAAAUUUGAGAGGAAUGACAUGGAGAGCUGCCUUGAUUGUUGCAAUUGGUGACUUAUAUUUCUCAGUAUGCUUACAGGAUUUCUAACACACUACAAAGAAGCAGAAGCUGAGAAAAAUAAUGUCAACUAAAUGAAUCAAAGACGGGAUGCACCUGUCUCUCAGUCUAAGUUGUAUAUACUUUGCACAUAUGGAAGACAUGACUGGGACAGCAUAAACCUGUGAUUUGAAUUUUCAACUUGAAGGCAAUUGAAUCAACUUUCCAACCAGAAUACCAGAAUAACAGAGUUGGAAGGGAUCUUGGAGGCCUUCUAGUCCAAACCCCUGCUUAAGCAAGAAAUGCUAUACCAUUCGAGGCAAUGGUUGUCCAAUCUCUUCUUAAAAACCUCCAAUGUUGGAGCACCCACAACUUUUGGAGGCAAGUUCUUCUACUGUUUAAUUGUCAGUUGGAUCUCUCCUUGAUUAGUUUCCAUCCAUUGCUUCUUGUCCUGCUUUCAGUGGCUUUGGAGAAUGAAUUUACCCCCUCUUCUCUGUGACAGUCUCUUAAAUAUCAUAUCACUCCUAGUUCUUCUUUUCAUUAAAUCUGAAUCAGAUUCAGACCAGAAUCUGAAAGUCAAGAAAAACUGAACAGUUUAAUUGAAUCUGGCACUUGCAAAAUGAUUUGAACAUGUAAAAAGCUUUUACAUACUUAAAAAGUCCCCUUUCCCCUAUUGAUUCUGAAAAAAAUGUAAUUGAUCUUCUGAAUUGAAUUGAAAUUAGAUUUCAAGAUGUUUUAAAAAUAGCCUUCGGGUCUGAGUAGCAUCUCAUGUUUUGUCAAAUAAAGUUAUGUCAUCUUCAGAAAGACAAUAAAUUACAAUUACAACUAAUUACAAUUUACAACAUACUGUACAUAGCUUUCUAAGUUAGCACCUUCAAAGUAGUCAGAUAGAUUUGACAAUAUUAGAAUUUUCUAAGCAGCACAACCAUUGAUCAAGAUUUAAAAAGGCAUGGAGAGGCAAGCACUUGGCAUGAAAGCCAACAUUUCCUGAUGAACAAAAGAAACAAAUGGGCAUUUGUGAAGUGAGUGGGACGUUGUUCUCCACUACAUGUCCUCUGCACCAGAAAUAGCCCAGUUUAACAUGUGGAAAUCUCCAUAAAAUGUGCCUUAUCUGUACUGAUUGUACCUGUUCCAUCACUUCUCUUCCAGUGGCAUUAUUUUAUUCUAGAGGAGGUGUGGGCAGGCUCUUUAAAUGUCAAAUGUAUUUUUUUU